UCAACAGAUAAAUACGCGUAUAAAUAAUUUAAUAUAACAAUAUAAAAUUAUUUUAUUUAUCAAAUUGUCACAAAUUUGCUAACUAGUAUCAAGUAAGCAUGGUUCAAGUACACAACGCUCUUGUUAUAUUAAUUAUCUGUGCUCCGAUGAUAGUGGAAGCAGUUGGUAGUGAAGACACACUACCACAGCCCAGGGUCAGUCGAUGGUGCAGUAAAAUUGGAAUCUGUGAUAGUGUCUCAAACUAUCCAGUAAUGUUAGCAAAGAAACUAAUUCAAGAGCUCAAAGAUAAAAAUACUAUAUUCGCUGCUGACGAUGAAUACGACAUUAGCGAAGAAGAUGAAGAAACAUUUUUUUUUACUAUGUUAACCAGUAACACAGGGAAUGAUAUAAAAAAGCAGGUAGGUUAG